AUGGCUGUUGUUAUUCUGGACCUGUCACCGAGUGCCAAAGUUCUUGUUUCGCACGUAUUGCCGCGGUGCGGAAAUCAGGUCGACGGGUCCCUCACACAGGACCUUAUAAGCCGCUGGCUCAUAAAGGCGGAGGCCGCGAAGUGGCAGAUCGAGGCGUUGUCGUGCCUUAGGCUGCAGCUAGAACGACAUCCGCAAUUGUAUUAUUUGAAUGCAAGCCAUAUUCAUCCACCACCAUCAAGCCACCGACAUCCACAACCAUCAAGCCACGUGCAUUUGCAAUCAUCCACCGACCUCAAGCCAUCUACAUCCGCCACCAUCAAGCAACGUUCAUCCACCACCAUCAAGCCAUCAACAUCCACCACCAUCAAGCAAUGGCUGCUUCCACCACCAUUAAUCCACGUAAGUCCACCACCAUCAAGCCACCGACAUCCACAACCAUCAAGCCACGUGCAUUUGCAAUCAUCCACCGAACUCAAGCCAUCAGCAUCCGCCACCAACAAGCCACGAGCAUCCACCACCAUAAAGCCACCACCAUCUGCUACAAGCAAGACACGUAAGACCACAACCACCAAGCCACCACCAUCAAGCAACGAACAUCCAUCAACAUCAAGACACCAAUAUCCACCACCAGCAAGCAACGUACAAUCAUCACCAACAAGCAACGUACAUCCACCACCAUCAAGCCACCAUCAUCCACCACCAUCAAGCCAACAACACCCACCGUCAUCAAGACACCAACAUCCGCCCCAGCAACGACGUACAUCCGCCAAACUCAAGCCACACUCAUCCGCCACCAUCAAGUCACGUACAUCCACCACCAUCAAGCCAACAACACCCAUCACCAUCAAACCACCAAAGUCCAUCAUCAGUAAGCCACAUCCAUCAACAUUAAGACACCAAUAUCCACCACCAGCAAGCCACCAACAUCCACCAUCAUCAAGCCACCAACAAGCUCAACCAUCAAGCCAGGUAUAUCAACCACCAGCAAGCCACCGACAUCCAACAACAUCAAGCCAUCAACAUCUUCAACCAUUAAGCCAUCAGUAUCCGCCGCAGCAAGCCACGUACAUCCACCACCAUCAAAGCACCAACAUUCAACACCAUCUAGCCACCAAAGUCCACCACCAGCAAGCCAUUAACAUCCAUCAACAUCAAGACACCAACAUCCACCACCAGAAAGCCACCAACAGCCACCACCAGCAAGCCACGUGUAUCAACCAACACCACGAAACAGCCAACACCAGCGAGCCACCGACAUCUACCACCAUGCAGCCAUCAACGUCCACAACUAGCAAGCUACGUACAUCCACAACCAUUAAGCCACCAACAUCUAUCAACAUCAAGCCACCAACAUUCACCACCGGCAAGCCAACAACAUCCACCACCAGCAAGCAACGUACAUCCAUCUCCAUCAAGCCACGAACAUCCACCACCAUCAAGCCACCAACAUCAAAUAUCAGUUAG